CUCUGACCUUCGUAGUCGGUGCCACAGAACGCAUUCAGUUUGUGCAGAUCUUGGCGUAGUGAGAAAGAAUGAGAGUUUUUUUGGUAUUAUUAAUAUUAGGGCAAAUUGGUGUUGUUGUGAUAUCUAAGACGAUCUCUAACACGCGUCACAGCAACGAAAAAUUUUCUCGGAUUUGCAGUGCCAAAGCCACAGCCAUAGACGAAGGAAUAGCGCAAAUGAUAUUAGCAAGACUUUUGAAAGACGAAGAUAUUCCGUUACCAACGAAUUUUGAAAACAGUGCGUUUUGUUUUCUGAAGAGUUCCGGAUUUAUAGCAGAUGACGGCGAUAUAAACAUAAAACCAUUUCUAAAUGAGUUAAACGACGAAGACAUGGCGGUAGAGGUUCCGAAACAAUGCGCCGUUCAAAACGGAAGUCCAACCGAGAAGUCUGGACGAUUUUUAUCCUGUCUAAUUAGAUAUUACUCGAAAAAUCUGGUGAAAUAUUUAUUUAUGCAACGUUAAAUUAGUGUGGACUUUUUUUUAUUCGAGGUUACGAUUGCAGCGCAAUCCAAUUACACGAUUAUGGUCUGUAACAUUGUUUUAACAUUAACAAUAAUUCAGGAUUUUUGGUAUAUCUGAUGAAAUAAAAUUUUCAAAA